CAAAACUUGCUCAUAAUGUCAUCCCUUGUCCUUAUAAAAAGAGAUCAAACCCAAGGUUUUCUUCCCCAAGUCUGGUUUCUCCUUUUGUCCGAGAAGAAAUCAGAUUUCUUUGGGACUCUCUUCGCUCUUUCUCAAGCAUUCCUCAUUAAUCACUGAUUCCAACAUCCAUGGCCUCUUCAAGAUGGGUGAAGCCUGAGGUGUAUCCUCUGUUUGCAUCAGUUGGUUUGGCAGUUGGAAUCUGUUGGAUGCAACUCUUUAGGAAUAUCACUGGCAAUCCUGAAGUCAGGGUAAUGAAGGAGAAGAGAACAGCAGGAGUGCUUGACAACUUUGAAGAGGGAGAGAGAUAUGCAGAGCAUGGUCUGAGGAAGUAUGUCCGCAAUAGAUCUACUCAGAUCAUGCCCAAAUUCAAUGGCUUCUUCACUGAUCCAAAUUAAAACAAACAUUUUCUUUUUCCAUUCUGUAAUUGGAGAAAUUAAGCCGACCAAUAACAUUGUUAGUACCCUUUGUUUGUUCAAUUUUAUGAACAGAUAAGAGUUUUUGAUAAUUAAUAAAGAUCGAAUCCCAAAAAUUGAUCCU